CUUGGUUGUAAUGAUGCUGUGUGCACAUUUACUCAAGUCUCCCACCAAUCUGCGACUGUUGAAAUAAAAAAAAUACAAAAUUCCCGACAGUUCCUGAAUGCACCACUGUGUUGAUGGCGGUGGACGAGCUUUAUAAAAUUCACUUGACAGCAGAGCAGCUGUCGGAUUGGCUGUUAGCUUUCACGUGAUAAUAAAGGAGGUGUGUGAUUGGCUCCCUGCUGCCUCCUUACAUUUUUCCCGCAACAAACAAGUGUUGAAGUCCGCAGGAGCACAGCGGGACUUUGUUUUUUUUUUUUUACAGCCAAAAUGCCGAAACGAGCUUGUCCUUUCCCUGAAACCUUCUCCUCCCAAUACAAAAUACACAUCGGACAACAGGAGCUGAACAAUUACGGCGUGUUUGGGAACAAAUACAGGCAAGAAAUCUAUGCAAAGACAAAGAAUUUGCUCUUUAACGGCGCCAAGGCAGUGAUGGGUAAAAUAUGGACUGGAGAGGAGAUGAGCACCGAGCCACAGCCCGCUGGACCAGCUGAGACCCCCACAUGCAGCCAGGCACUACUGAGAGGACAGACACUAAUUGGACAUGAUGGGAGACUGACGAGAGCAAAUGGUGCACAAGGUGAGGCAGUGGCUCCUACAGGCUGCUGCGUGUGUCAGAAGAGCCAGGGGUCCAGGACACCAUGCUCCCAAUGUGAGCGUCUAGCCUGUUCCUCCUGUACCCGACAGUGCUCCAGCUGCUCCAGUCUCUGCUGCUCUGUCUGCACCAUCAUAGAUUACAGCGGGCGAUACGAUGAAGUACUGUGCUGCAGUUGCUCGACGUAAAGGAAGACCGAAGACGGGAUCAGGAACUAUAUGUGGUUGCUUCACAUGAGAUAUUACUGAGACUGAAUUUUACACCUGUGGCUUUUUUAAUGUGAUUUGAAUGUUUUCUUGUGUGUAUAUAUUGAAUUCCAGACAUAACUGAAAUAAACUUGAACAAUUUUGUAUACAGUUUAA